UUUGUCAAUAAAAUUUUUAAAAAAAAUAAAUUAAAGAGAAUAUUCUUUGUGCGUUAUCCACUUCAAAGAUAUUUUUACCGUGAUCGAUCGAAAUUCAAAAACCAUUUGGCAUCACCCACAAGUCAGAAACAUGCUACAUGUGACAAGAAAUCAAAUAGUAACAAGCAAGUGUAGAAGUAGCGUAGAAGCAAGAAAAAUCAAAAUAAAAAACCAACACGUCCGCAAAAUUCCAAAAUCCCCAAAGCCCUUUAAAAAUCCACCCCAACACACACUCGCGUCUACGUGUUCAACUUCAAGCCCACAACCAUUUAUAUUUCUCAGAAAUUCACAAUAAAACCCACCAACAAAAAAAAUUAAAAAAUCUCCCUUCUCUCUACGCCUUUCGCUUCUUUUCUUCCCUCUCUCUGCUCUCUCCUCGCUCCUUAUCAACAAUGGGUGGUCCGAUUGUGUUGACCCAGCUGGCUACGGGUCUCGGCGUAUUGGCCGGGGCAGUCCUCGUCAAAUCGGUCAUGGACCAGAAGCCCAUGGCCGGCCCGUUUCCCAGGUGCCCCAGUUGCAAUGGCACGGGUCGGGUCUCCUGCUUCUGCUCGCGCUGGUCCGAUGGCGAUGUCGGGUGCCGGAGCUGUGCCGGGUCGGGUCGCACGUUCUGCAGAAGCUGUGGCGGUUCUGGUACUGGUCGACCCCUUCCGGUUCAAAUCUCCGUACGGCCUCCCACCCCACCCUCGUAGUCGGUGGUUCCGGUUUUGCUUGUUAUUAGAAAGUUAUAGCGUUUCUCUCCUUCCUCUCAAUUCUUUUCUCCAAAAAAAUGAAAAAUUGAAAAAAUUACAUCCUGUAUUAUAGUAAGCUGCUGAUACUUUGAGAGAAGGAGAGAGAGGAGGUGAGAGAGAGUUCAUCAUUAGGCUGUAAUGAGGUGACUUUCCUAAGAUCCUGAUGAAAUGGAAUAUAUUUUUUAUAACUAAAUUUGUCUGCUUAUUGACAAAUUUCUUACUUUUAAUUGUAAUUUGUUUGUAAAUUCUGUUGGGUUGAUAAUAUUUCUUAGUUUAUUAAGUGUAUGAUUAGUAGUUGCUUCAAUCUUUGCUUGUUGCCGCCAAGUAGUUUGUGUUGAUUUUUU